AGAUCUGUUGCCCAUUUUUAUUUAUUUAUUUAUACAACCGUUGCAAAAAUAUGAAAACCGAAAAAACUUAAAAAGAGAGAGUAAAAAGAGGAAAGCCCACCGUCCACCAGCGAGCCAGCACUGUGAGAGCAAAUUAGCAGUGAGCACCACCAAUUACCGGUGAGCUUCUGUGUGUCUCUAAUUUUGGCUGAAUUUAUUCGAAGGAGUUUAUUCAGAACUUCAGAAGCUGAUCAAUUAGAUCCGGAACAUAACGAGUGGAUCGACGGUUGCUGUUGAUUUAAGGAGUAAAUAGAUCCAAAUCUAAGAAGAUGAAUUUAUUCAGAUUGGCUGGGGACAUGACCCACCUGGCCAGCGUCCUCGUCUUGCUACUCAAGAUCCACACCAUCAAAUCUUGUGCUGGUAUUUCGUUGAAGACCCAAGAACUCUAUGCCAUUGUUUUUGCAACUCGCUACUUAGACAUCUUUACAGAUUUUAUAUCUUUGUACAAUACUUUUAUGAAAUUGAUAUUCUUGGCAAGCUCGUUUUCAAUUGUUUGGUACAUGAGGAGCCACAAGAUCGUUCGUAGGUCCUAUGAUAAAGAACAUGACACUUUCCGCCAUGUUUUCCUUGUACUGCCAUGCCUUCUCUUGGCCCUGGUUAUCAAUGAGAAAUUUACAUUCAAGGAGGUUAUGUGGACAUUUUCUCUAUACUUAGAAGCUGUUGCCAUACUUCCUCAGCUUGUGUUGUUACAGAGGACCAAAAAUAUUGACAAUUUGACUGGGCAAUAUGUGUUUCUUCUUGGUGCAUACCGAGCAUUAUACAUUAUCAACUGGAUUUACCGCUACUUCACUGAGCCACAUUUUGUUCAUUGGAUAACUUGGAUUUCUGGACUUGUUCAAACAUUGCUUUAUGGCGACUUUUUCUAUUACUAUUUCCUCAGCUGGAAAAACAACAAAAAGCUUCAGUUGCCUGGUUGAGUUCAACUUAGGGUAGUCGUGCAUGGCUAAGGAAAUGCGGAGGAUGAAUUCCAUAUAACACAAGGGAUACGUCUAUUUUUGGACUGACUACAGCAGCACGGGCUGUGUUAUUUAUCGUAUAUCGUUUUGUUCUCAUCCCCUCUUUUUGCCUGUUUCACAUACUUUCCCUAAGCAACAACUGCUAUCAGCUAAUUAGGUGUGUAUACAACCCAAAAUGUGAAAUUGUCGACUCAUGGAAUUUUCAAUAACAAUUAUUAUAUGCCAUUGUGUUGAAUAUUCUUAACCUCAA